UUUUGUCAGAGCCCGUCGGCGCGCCGAAGCGUAGUGCGUCCAGGAAGCCAAGCGCUAAUCCCUCGCAGGCUGUGACAAGAGCUCCAACUCUCCGCUGACACUAUCAGAGAAUACGCAGAGCAUUGGUGUUCUGCGCUGCCGACAUCAUGCGAACCAUCCCUGCUGUACUGUUGCUGUUUCUGGCGGGAAACACCGCCGCCAUGCCAACCAAGCAGCAAGGCUCCUUCCUAGCUAUUGAAGAGCCCUUGAAGACAGCUUUGAAGAGUGCUGAGCCGCGCUUUAACGCUCACAUUAUUGACGCGUCCAAGACUAUGCCACCCGUGCCAGCCUUUAGAUCCCUGCAGGCCAUCCUCAAGGACAUCUUCUUCCAGCCUACUAAGGAAACGUCGGUGGAGCUGAACGGUAUUGAGGUCAUAUCGACGCCAGUUCUCAACGUGACGUCCUGCAAAGUGGACCUGCCGUUCCUCAACAUGGUCGUCGAAGGCAGCAUCGGCACCAUCGCCAUCGCGGGCAACUACUCCAUUGUGUCGCACCCCAUCCUCAGGAUGCUGCCUGCCUUCAGUCGCGGCACCUUUGGGGUGUCCUUGCGGUCGAUUGAAUUCAAAGGGCGCAUUGGUCUCAAGGUGGACGGCGACAACUUACGCUCGCAGAACUACGACAUUGAAUACUCGCCGGUGCAUACUGCCGUGACAGUGGAAAGCGACACACCCAGCGAUAGCACUCACAUUUCAACCAAUUUAUUUGACUCGGAGCUGGUAACCAAACUGAAGUCACGCCUUCGCAGCUGGCUAAACAGGCAGCUACAGAGCCAGUUCGACGCCAUUCUGGACAAAUUCUCUCUGAGGGAGUUGUUCCUUCGUGACGACAAAACUGUUUCCGGCUUCAGGGCCCGCGCUCUCUCACUGACUUUCAACGCUAACGCGUACGUGGAUGCGGUGCUGGAGCACGUGGCGGCGCUGGUGAAGAAGAUGGGCCUGCAGAAGCUGCCCAUACCGCUGGACAUGCAGUUCUCUUUCUCCAGGGAGAUCCUGUGGAUUACUUGGCACGGUUCGCUAGCUGUUGAUGGUCUGUGGAUCAAGAACCUAGUGAACCUGAGGAGGAAAGACGACAUCAGUCUCGCCUACGAGGGACUCGGCGUCACCGUCUUUGGAUCUCUGGGGAUCGCUGACCUGCAGGUGGGCCUCGACCAUUACGAGGUGGACUUCAUGGGCCUGGGACCCAACGGCUCCAUAUCGGCCACCAUCGGCUCCGCCUCGGCUUCACUCAAGGCCAGCGUCAACCUCAUGUCGGGCAUCGCUCCCACGAUCGAGAAGCUCAGCAUUGACUACUUCGAGAAUGUUGAGGUAGAGAUAACAGGGCUGGGCAUCCUGAACUGGCUGGUGUCGUUGAUCGCCUCGUGGCUGCUCGGAUUCUUCAGCGACAGCGUUGUCACCAUCAUCAAUGAUCAGCUGCACAGCCUGGCUUCCAUCAGCCUCAGUGCCAUCGACGCCUCGCACUACUUCUACUGAGUGCCCAAGAGCUAACUCGCUUCAUACCUUCACCUUACCAAACUGAAUCCGAACGCCUACUUACGAUAUGUUAUACUGUGACCGAGAACUCUGCCCAUCCUGAUUUACUAUAAAACGCUGCUUGUAACAUUCCUUUGAUUAUACGCUAGUGCCGACUUCUUAAGCUUAAAAAUAGACUUCAUCCCAUUUGUCAUACGCACUUCUGUACAUACAUAUGAGAAUGUCUUGUAAUAAUUAUUCCAAUUUCUUCUUUUCUUCUUUGUAAAGAAAUAAAACAACGUUAGCCAUUU